AUCAUUAUCUGGGGCCGGACGGAGCGGUGCCUGAGGGAGACAUGUGAGGAGAUUCGGAGCUGGGGAGCUGAGUGCCAUUACUACAUGUGUGAUGUGGGCAACAGGGAGGAAGUUUACCAGCAAGCCAAGGCUGUGCGCGAGAAGUUGGGUGAUGUGACCAUCCUGGUGAACAACGCUGGCGUGGCUCACGGCAAGUCUCUGGUGGAUAGCGACGAUGAUGCUCUCCUCAAAUCCCAGCACAUCAACACCCUCGGCCAGUUCUGGACCACUAAAGCUUUCCUACCGAGAAUGUUGGAGUUACAGAACGGGCACGUCGUGUGUAUAAACUCAGUGCUGUCUCUGUGCUCGAUCCCGGGCACCAUUGAUUACUGCACCUCCAAGUCCUCGUCCUUCGCCUUCAUGGAGAGCCUGACGCUGGGGCUCCUGGACUGUCCUGGUGUCAAUGCCACCACAGUGCUGCCCUUCCACACCAGCACCGACAUGUUCCAGGGCAUGAAGACACGAUUCCCCAAACUCUUCCCCCCACUCGAGCCCCAAACCGUGGCCCAGCGCACAGUGGAGGCUGUGAGGGCCAACCAAGCGUUCCUGCUCCUGCCAUGGACCAUGCACCUGCUGGUCAUCAUGAAGAGUCUCCUGCCCCAGGCUGCGCUAGAGGAAAUCUUCAGGUUCACCGGGAGCUACACCUGCAUGCACUCAGUGAAGGGGAGGACAUAGGAAGCGGGAUUCUCCCCGCCCCCAAAGCCCCCCCCUUCCUUACCCCACGGAGAAGCUGGAUACAUGAGCGGGGAGACCAAGUGGAACCACAAGGUGUGAUGGCUAGGACAUUAUGGUGCUCAUCACAGAGACUCUGCCUCUCGUUUAGCUGGGCUCCGGGGAGAGAACAGGAGACCGAACAAGAGUCGGCAGCCAGGACUGGUCACAGAACAGAUGUGGGACUCAGAUACCCUCUGCCUUUACUGUAGCGUUUCGCUGCCAGAGAGCUGGGUUUAGAGAGAGAAACUGGCCUGAGCACGUGGCCCUGAGCUGCUUUGGGAGGUGCAGUGAUAACAGGCAAAAUUCAGUGGCAAAUCACCAGGCUCUUCUUUCUUGUCCAUGACUAAAAUCGAAUUGUAAAUUUUAAUAUUUAAGCUGUAAAUUCGCUAGGCUGGGAAACACAAUACACAAGACUUUAUUCAUUGAGUUUUUUUGUUUUCUGCAAACAAA